UAGAUAAACCGCUAAUUUUUUUUACUAUAAAUUGCUACUUUCUCUCUCUUCUUGUUCUCUUUCUCCGAUUACCGGCGGAGAAGAUUGGAUUCCGGCGAGCACUUCCCGGCGGCGCAGCAACAAGGUAAGAUCAAUGAAGAGAAAUGAGGUUGUAUGAAUUCUGGUUAAAAGGAAAUGAGGCACAAUUUUGUAGCUUGUAAAUUUGUACAGGACUUUCUGCAUGUAUGUAGUCCAAAGUAUGUCAUCAGAACCAGGCAAAGUGUACCACUGUAUUUGAAUGCAGCACUUCAAUAUUGUUCAGUACCAGUGAGUGAAGAAAGCUUACCUCUUGGAUGGUACGACGAGGUGUUUCCAAGAUUGAUUAAAUUGUCCAAUUUGCUGAAGAAUGUGGAUUUGGUUGAUGGAAGGUUAGUGGAUGUCAAUGACAAUUCGACUGUCAGAGAUGAACGCCUUUUUAAUAGGAUGCUCCGAUUUAAGGCGCUUGCCAGAGCUUUUCUUGGGCAUCCAACAGUACAAGAAGAACUGAUGAAGAAUGUGAGGGUUGCAAUGGCAGGUAGGAAAUGCAGUCCACGUGUUUGUUUUACCAACCCAAUUGAGAGGGAACCUUUGCUUGUGAAUAACCUCACCAAAGUUUGCAACUAUCUGGACGUCUCUGCACAACAAAGGAAGACAGUCCGUUUUACAAUCUGUCCACAGGUUGCACAGCAUAGGAUUUUUACAGGUGCACUUGAAGAAAUAUUGGAGGGACUGAAAAGAGAGAUGAAGUUUUUGGAUUCUCAGACACCUAGCAAAGCAACAUUUAUGGGUCAGCAAAUUGUUACUACUUGUUUAAAUUUCUUAGCUGAAACAGCUUGUCGCCAAGAUGAGGAUGCUUCUUCAUGGAUGAGGCCGAAGCCAUAUAAAUCAGCUGUAUCUCCAUCAUCACGAAAGUGGGAAGAGGUCCUUGAAAUGUUCAAUGACCUCAUUGAUAAUUUAAGAAGAGAAGAAGGACUAUCAUUCCAUGUGUCAAAGCUCAAGGUGAUGAAAGAAGGGCUAAUUCAGAUAAAAGAUGUGUUAGUUGAUAGAGACAUUGGGUUCAAGGAAGUGCAACAUCAUGAAAGCUUAGUUCGAAAGAAACUUUUGAAGACAUUGGGUCACUCGUCGCAAUGUUUGUUUACACUUGUAAGAUAUUAUCUUCAUGAGAGUGUUCGAGACAUGGAGGUAGAAGUAUCUGGCGGGUUGUAUGAGAUUGGUGAGAAGGAUAAGUUAUGCUUGUGCAUGGGGAAAUUGUUGACAUCAUCGGAAGAGAAAAUGAUUUGGAGCGGGAUAAAGCAAUUAGAUCGAGCUCUUGGAUUGUUUAAGUUUGUAUGGGAAACUGCUGGGAUGAACAAAAGGCUAGAGUUGCAGGGACAUUUGUGGUGUGUAGGGGCUGAGCCAAGGACAGUUACUUAUAAAGGGAAUUUGUUCAUCCUCCAUGGACUAAAUGCCGUUCAACUAAAAAUAAUGAAUAACUGCAACGCCACCAUAUGGCCGGGAAUACUAGCAACCGGCGGGAAGAAUACACCUCUAGGAGGCGGGUUUUGCUUGCAUUCAGGCCGACGACAGUUCCUCCGAGUCUCUCAUAACUGGUCAGGCAGAGUAUGGGCAAGGCAAGGUUGUGAUUUUGAUAGACACACAGGCAUUGGCGCUUGCCAAACUGGUGACUGCAAUGGAUUACUACAAUGCAAGGGCAUUGGUGGUAAACCCCCUGCUACCGUGGUAGAAAUGACCUUCGGUAGCCCUGCUUCCCCGCUUCAUUUUUAUGAUGUUAGCACCGUUGAUGGGUUCAAUCUCCCUGUCUCUAUGGUUCCCCUUGUCAGAAGGGAGAUGAUGGGAGGUUGUGGGGUCGCUGCGUGUGAGGUGGACUUGAACAUGUAUUGUCCUGCUGCAUUGGUGGUUAAGACGCAAGAGAAGGUUGUGGGGUGUAAGAGUCCUUGUUUAGCGACUGGUUUUCCAAGGUUUUGCUGUACAGGAGAUUUUUCUGGGGCGGAGAAGUGUCAGCCAACGGUGUUUGGGAGGCUGUUUAAGACGGUUUGCCCCAGGGCUUAUAGUCAUCCCUUUGAUGAGAAAACUGGGCUUAAGACUUGCAAGGCUCCUAGGUAUGUGAUUACCUUUUGUCCUCCUACUUGAAUUUAUGAAGCAGAGGGCUUAAAACAUUCUACUAUUUCGUCUAUAUGUUGUGGGAUUUUUUUUAUGUUGGUCUGUAUAUCUAUGCCCAUUUCAAAUUGAAGACUGGAACAUAGUGCCAUAGUGGUUAUUUGACGAAUUUACUAUUUCAUUGUAAUAAGAUUUGUGUUACUUGUUCACUAUUAGUCUCACUAUUAGUCUUUCACUAUCUGUUCUGCAUUUAGUUCUAAGUUUCUAACAAUACUAGUACGAUUUAUACAA